AUGGCAAGUAGUCGGAGUGAAAUAUCCGAGUGUUUAUACAAUGUCGAUCUUUGGGAUAAACUUGACAUUCAUCUUGGUUCUUAUGUCAAGUCUCCAUUACAACUGCGUUACGUCAGCUCGAAGACAGCGGUUAUAGGUCGAGCAUUACGUCAUGCUGUUGUUGACUUACUUGGCAAUGUCAUAAAUAACACGCGACAACAUGUUGAAAACGAAACAACGGUUAUUGGUACCGAACAUCGAGUCUGUCAUUCUCGAUGUUAUACAUUGAAAAUUCGAGAUGAUGAAAAUCUGUACGCUGGUGCUGAUGAAAACUGCGAUGACGAUGAUGAACUCAAAGUUGAAAUAAGUUCUCUAGCACCAAAUGUCUUUUCUCAGUUACGUGAAGAUAUUGGCAUACCAAAUGAUGACUUCCGUCGAUCGUUUUCUGAUCAUCAUUUGAAAGAUUUCACCAAUCCAGGGAAAAGCGGUUCGCUAAUGUAUAAAACAUUCGAUGAUUUGUUUCUUUUGAAAACUCUACGCGAUUACGAAGCACGAUUGUUAAUGCAGAUUCUCUCCGGUUAUCAUUUUCAAUUGACCAGUCGUCCAACGAUAUUCAAUCGCUACGUUGGCUUGUAUCGUUUGAACAUCGAAACGUCAUUUUCAUCAAUCGAACUUUAUGUCACGAUCAUGGCAAACGCAUUUACGCCAUCACUGAAAAUCAAUGAAAUAUUCGAUUUGAAAGGCUCGAAGAUUAAACGAAGAUUAGCCGGAGAUUUAUCUGUCGAGAAACUAUGCAAAUUGAAAGAUAUGGAUUUUAUGGAUUUGUAUCCGGCAGGCAUCCGCAUUCCAACGAAUGUUUACGAAAAACUAAAACUUGUCGUUGCUAAUGAUGCGAAAGUCUUGAAAAAGUUGAAUAUCACCGACUUUUCCCUAGUUCUUGGAAUCAGACAUAUAGAUAUGUCGGAAACUCAAAUGAUCGAACGACGGCCUACAUCAGGUGUUGCCGCCCUUCUUCGAAUGAGUACAAGUCUGGCAUUGAUGCACGUGGCGAAACCAGCGUCGACUUCUGCAUCGUCAAAAUCAACUGAUAGUCUAGCCGAACAGUCAACAUCAUACUUAAAACCACUGGCAAUGCUCGAUGCUUGCAUUGAUACAAAUUUAUAUUACAACAACGAUUCUGUAGCGUAUGCAAGCUUACCAAUUCCGGGAAUAAUCAAUAAAAGCAACCAACGCGUGUAUAUUUAUUUGGCAUUUGUGGAUAUGCUUCAAACAUUUGAUAAUUUUAAACUGAUUGAUCAAACUUUUCGACGAAUAACAGAUCCCAAUCGACAUUUGGAAUAUUCAGUCAUCGAACCUGACGAUUACGAAAAACGAAUCAAUCAAUUCUUAUUCGAACAUGUUUUUAUCGAUGCGAAAGAUGAUUUUCCAUGGGCAAUAACAGAUGUCAGUAAACCAGUUGCAAAAAUCAACAAUACUGAAACAUGUGGAAACCGAACAUUCACUGAACAACAGAACUUCACAAAAAGACGUUCACAUUCCACCGAACAUGAAAACUCGAGUUCUGUUUUAGAAUUUCGACUUUGA